UAUAUGAUUAUGUUUACAUGCAACUCUAAACUUUUUUGUGCUUGUUUAGGAUUUGAAACAUUCCACUAUCAAUGAGGAAGUAAAGAAAGAUGUUCUGAAAUCAAUAAAUAUGCAGGAAAUUUUUACUGUACCGGUGAAACAUUGCCCAAAUGCAUUUGGAAUAGCUUUCAAGCACACAAAUAAUUGGAAACUCACAUACUCAGGUGACACAAUGCCUUGUCCCCAACUUGUGGAUCUGGGUCAGGGCAGUGAUGUUCUUAUACAUGAGGCAACUAUGGAGGAUGAAUUGCUGGAUGAAGCACGAAUAAAACUUCAUUCAACAACAUCUCAAGCUAUUGAAAUGGGAAAGAAGAUGAAUGCUAAAUUUAUUCUUUUGACCCAUUUCAGUCAGCGUUAUGCUAAAAUUCCUCGAAUUAAUGAAAAUUUUUCUCAGAAUGUUGGAAUAGCAUUUGAUAACAUGCAGGGCUUUGACGAACUGUCAGUGUGAAAUUCUUUUGAAUUCUUCCCUUUUGAAGGACGGACAUGGAACUAAACGUAUUACGAUGCUUUGUUUUAUUUAUUUACAUAUUUUUACUUUCUCGCUGUGGAGUGGAGAGAUAGUUAUGUAAAGCAGCUUGAAAAAACAGUGAAUUUUCGUCAGAAAAACUUUAUUAUACGGCCUGUGUAACGAAAAAGUGGAUAAAUCCAAUUGCUAAAUUUAAUAUUAAUACUGAAAAAUUGAAUGAUGGCAAAACGUCCGUCUGUCUGAACAACGCAAGAGGCUAAACUGUUCAGCCGCUUUUCUCCAAAAUUGAAUCAAAUUAAGGUUGGAAUUUUUUCCAUUAAUGAAAUCUGUUCCUUAAAGAUAUAUUUUGAGUACUUUGAAUGAUGAUGAAAGUCAUGUUAAAGUUUUUGAACAUUUGAGUACUUUUCGCAUAAUUGUGCGGGCGGGAAAGUACGUGCUGUUUUAGCACCACUUGUUAUAUGUCAAAAACAAUGAAAU